CCGCAUUGAGCUACCGUCCGUACUUCGCUGCUAAAGCUCCUCGUAGCCCGUGAUGAAUCUAUUCCGCCUGGUGGGCGAUAUGGCACACCUGGCUAGCUUCUUGGUGCUGCUACUUAAGCUGCUGGCCUCGCGCUCCGCGAAUGGCAUUUCACUUAAGUCGCAAGAACUUUUCUUCUUGGUGUUCGUAACUCGCUAUGUGGAUCUUUUCUUCCACUUUGUGAGUUUGUACAACACGCUCAUGAAGCUGCUCUUCCUGCUCUUCUCGGGUGCCAUCGUCUACGUUAUUCGCUUCAAGGAACCCUUCCGCAGCACGUACGACAAGUCACAUGACGCCUUUUUGCACAUCAAGUUCGCUGUCUUGCCCUGUGCGCUAUUGGCUUUGGUCUUCAAUGAGCAGUUCGAAGUUAUGGAGAUCCUAUGGACCUUUUCCAUCUACCUCGAGGCGGUCGCCAUCAUUCCGCAACUCAUUCUUCUCCAACGCCAUGCAGAAGUGGAAAACCUUACCAGCAACUACGUCGUGCUACUUGGAGCCUACCGCGGCUGCUACGUGCUUAACUGGAUCUAUCGAGCCGCCACCGAGUCGUCCUACCACUUUAUCUGGCUCAUGUUCAUCGCCGGCAUGGUGCAGACGGCGCUUUAUGUCGACUUUUUCUACUACUACGCUAUCAGCAAAUACCACGGCAAGAAGAUGACGUUGCCUUCUUAAAUACCCUUUGCUUGCAGUGGUAUGAAGGAGAAGAAGGUGACUUCAAGAUGAGAUGAGACCGCGCACUCGUGAGUAAAACCCAUGCAGAAUCUAGUUUCUUUUCCUGUGUUGGCGUUGCCCGUGGGGUGAGUGGUGAGAGAUCACUAGCAAGAAUACCAAGGCAACAACGAAAGAGAACGCGUUGCUUUUU